AUGUCAUUUACACAAAAGUUAAAUUACUACGCAAAACGAAAGUCAUUCAAGUAUGGCGUGCCCUUUCUAAUUAUGAUGGUCGCCGGUUCGUUUGGACUGCAGCAAUUUUCAAAUUUGAGAUACCAGUACGCCAAAAAGCAACCAGUUACACCGGAAGAAAUGAAGAAAUUCGGUGUGACCAUGAAAAAACGUCAAGAAGUGACGCUUGAAAAAGAAUAUGAUAAGGUAAAAGGCAUAGAUAUUGACAAUUGGUCAAACAAGCGCGGUCCGCGUCCAUGGGAAGAGGAAGAAUUGGCGAUGGCUGCGUCGUCUGCGGCAAAACAAUAAAUGCAAAAUAUGUACAUUGUGAUGUAGUCUUUAGUGUUCAUUAAAUAUUCUAAAUAAAUGCAA